AUGGGUGAUUUCGUUACAGAGGCCUUCACGCUUUUGGCCGUGGCCAUCGUGAUUAUCGGUCUGAGGACUACUGCAAGAUGGAUCAUGGUCGGACCAAGAAAUUUUCAGCCGGAUGAUUAUUUGAUGCUGCUGGCAUGUGUGGUUUACGGACUUGAGACGGCUGCCGCGUACAUGGUGGGUGCGUGGUUUCAUGGUCUUGCGAAUAAUGCAAUGACGGACGAAGAACGGUCCACUUUGUCUCCUGAGUCGGAGGAAUACCGCCUACGAGUUGGAGGGUCCAAGGUUCAAGUGGCGGGCUGGUCGUUAUACACCUUGUUACUGUGGCUGCUGAAGACGUGCAUGGCCAAAUUCUAUUCUCGAUUGACAGCUGGUCUCAUAAACAUGCGAGUUCGCAUCCAAGUUGCUUACGGAUUGAUCGCUGCAACAUACAUAGCCACCCUAUUCUCCAUUCUCUUUGGUUGCUAUCCACUGCACAAGAACUGGCAGAUCAACCCAAACCCUGGAAAUUACUGCCAGCCCGCCGUCUCAAAGAUUGAUAUUUACGUGACUGUCGUGCUCAAUGUCGUGACCGACGUGUACCUCAUUGGUAUUCCUGCUCCGAUUUUAUUCAAAGCUCGACUCCAGUGGCGAGAAAAGCUCGAGCUUCUCAUUCUUUUCAGCGGCGGAUUGUUCGUCAUGAUGGCGGGAAUCUUGCGUUGUGUUUUGAUCUUAACGGCCGGUGCAAAUGGCGCGGAACAAGCAGGAAGCUGGGCCUGUCGCGAGACCUUCGUCGCCGUCGUCAUCGGAAACAGUGACAGCCAGAGCUAUCCCUUAUCUGAUGGUGAUGGAAGCGGGUAUCCCAAGCGCAAGAAGUUCUUGCACCCACUAUCACUUCCUGCCGAUACUUAUUGGAACACUGUCAGCGACGAACAGAUGAUAUUGCCAACCUCGCGAGAGCAGGCUUCAACUUGUACGUCUGGUGAGGGCGCGUGGGAGACCAAUAGCCAUACUUGUCAGGGCGGAGUAAUCAAAGUGACCCAUGAAACGAUUGUUCACAGUGCUGAGAAGGAUCAAAGUUCAUAG